GAGUCAGACUUCUGGUGGCCCCGCAGCUUCAGCUCGACAUGCUGCUGUUGCUGCUGCUGCUCUGGGGAAUGACAGGGGUAGAGGGUGGCCCUGAGGCCACUCAGGGUUACUCGCUGAAUGUGAAAAGGGAGGUGGUGGUGCAAGAGGGCUUGUGUGUCCUCAUUCCUUGUAGGUUCUCCUACCCCACGGGGAAACGGACUGACUCAGACCCGGUUCAUGGAUACUGGUUCCAUAGUGGAGCCAAUAUAAGGCAUGAUUUUCCAGUGGCCACAAAUAACCCACAGAGGCCAGUACUGAAGAGGACCCAGGGCCGAUUCUUCCUGCUGGGAGAUCCACAGAAGAACAACUGCUCCCUGGACAUCAGAGAGACCAGGAAGGAGGACACAGGCUCAUACUUCUUUCGCCUGGAAAGAGGAGAAGAGAAGUAUAGCUAUAUUUUGAACACGAUGACUCUGCAUGUGACAGCCCUUACUAACACUCCACACAUCCUUAUCCCGGAAACCCUGGAGGCUCGCCGUCCCAGCAACCUGACCUGCUCUGCACCUUGGGCCUGUGAGCUCCCCACCUUCUCCUGGACUGGUCCCUCUGUGUCACUCUUGAGCACCAAUGCCAUUAGUUCCUCAGUGCUGACCAUCAUCCCCCAGCCCUGGGACCAUGGCACCAACCUCACUUGUCAGGUGACCCUGCCUGGAACCGGUGUGACCACAAGAAUGACCAUCCGUCUCAGUGUGUCAUAUGCUCCAAAGAAUCUGACUGUGACCAUCUAUCAAGGAGCUGACCCAGAAUCCAUAACCCUGAAGAACGGCUCAUCUCUUUCCGUUUCUGAGGGCCAGUCUCUGCGCCUCUUCUGUAGCACCGACAGCUAUCCCCCUGCGAACCUGAGCUGGACCUGGGGUAAUCUGAGUCUGUGCCCCUCGAAGCUGUCAAAACCUGGGCUCCUGGAGCUGUUUCCAGUGCAUCUUAAGCAUGGAGGAGUGUACACCUGCCAAGCUCAGCAUGCCCUGGGCUCCCAGCACAUUUCCCUGAGUCUGCAUCCACAGCACAGUGCAACGUUAUCAGAAAUGACUGUGGGGGCCUUGGUGGGUGCAGGAGCCACAGCCCUCCUCUUCCUGUUUUGCUGCAUCCUCCUCCUGGUGUGAGUAUCAGUGUGGGUGGGGGCGGACCACCUGGAGUGAUGAGGGACAAGCCUGGCACCUGACCCUGAGCCCAGGCCUGGAAAAGCGAGCCUGAAGUCAGGGGGAGCUGUGGUCUAGGUGUGUGGUUGGUGUGUGGAACUCUGGAGUGUUGCAACCCUCAGGCCCCACUGUCCCAGAUGGUGGUAGGAAACACCUUUCAACACAGGAGCCUCUGGGACAGGACCACCAGCCAAUCUGACCACCCUUCAGAGGCUUAAUUGCAAGUAGAGGGUGGGAGAGAAUGCCAGCUGCACCUCCACCUGCCCACACUGACAGGCCCCCUGGUGUCCUUGCAUCCAGGGUAAGACCCUGUAGGAGACCAGCCAGGCCAGCUUCAGCAGCUCCGGAUCCAGAUGCC